AUGGCAGAGGAAGAGAAAGUUUCAUGCUCUCAAAACGCUUAUACAAUGGCGUUACCAAUAGCAAGCAUGUUUCUUCUAAUGUCUUCGUCUCGCACUUCAAGCAAAGACAAAUUAAAAUCUCGCGAAGAAUUUGAUAACCAGUUAGAUAGCAUUGAAGAGAAGUAUACUACUCUCUUCUCCCAAUCUCCUCAAAAAAAGCCAAAGCUCGCUUCAUAUCAAUUGUUUGGCAAAAAAGCAUCAAAUGAAAAACCGACCUCUGUUAAUUUUAUAGAUGCGAUUUCUCAAAUUCUUGGUAAUGAACACCACUUAGAACCUACCAAUGUAGACCCUAAUUCCAAAAACACAGAAAACAUGAUUAUUCCGUCUAAUCCCGAUAUCCAAUAUACUUCUCUUUCAAAUAUUGAGAAAGACACUGAUAUUAUACCUAUUGAUAAUAUUGAAUCUAUUACAACUACUUAUGGCAAUCCAUCUGCUUCUCAAUGUAAAGGCACUAAACAAUCAAGAAAACGUUCAAAAUCUACAAAAAAAUAG